AUGGGCAGCGCGCGCAUGCCCGUACGCAAUGAUUUAUAAACGAUUGAAAGGGAUGUCGGCGUGUGGACGCGUCUUUCGUAAACUGAUUCCAAACCUUCUGUCCCUUACAAGAAAAAUUAAUCCUUGUCUCAACAUGUCUCAAGAGGGAGAAAGGAUGAACCUUAUUCCGUCCGCUCGAGGAAAUUAUCCUCUUGACCUCAAACUGGAGGACAAAGUAUUAGACGGUCGAGGGCGUCCUCCGCCUCAAACUGGACCAAAUACAGACGAGAAGGCAACCUUAUACGGACCAAGUCAAAAAAAAUAUCAUUCUCCAUGCCAACAUAUAUUAAAAAACCGCUUGCAUUAA